GUGUGAGACUCCGACAUAAGCGGCGCUCCCAGGAUAUAGGCUGCAGCUGAGUACAUUUGAUAGGGAAAAGAAACGGACUAAAUCGUCACAUAAUGGAUUUAAACAGACGAGUUUGCGACAGGCUCUCUUUUAUGGUGCUUCUUUUAGGACACACUGCGGCUGCAACAGUUCUGCCUGGCAUUAAUCAGAAAAAUGGCUUCAAUUUUGAUUGUACCAAUGACUUUGACAAGCUGAUGCUGUGUCAGCUGGAGCUACAAAACUGCACUGAGUACAGUAUGACUCUCUCGAAUAAAGACAGUGAGAAGAAUUGCACUUUACAGCAGUGUGGCACUGGAAAGUGUUGCUGCGAUUUCCAAAUGACAUUUACGAUUGGAACGACUUACACAGCAAAAGUCUUGAAAGAUGGCAAAACCAUGGAGUCCAAAGUCAUCAAGGUCACAGAGAGCUUAAAACCAAAGACUCCAACAAUCAAAUUAGUGAAAGAAUCCAAUGGGAAUAUUGGAGUCAGCUGGAACUCAACCAUGAUGGGAUUUAUAAAUAAUCAGCUGACUGCUGAGGUGACUUACUAUAAAAAAGGAGAGACAACAAAGCAGAUAUCUAAAUCUAUUAUACCAGCUAUUGUUGAUGGACUGAAUUACUAUGAAAUAAAUGGUCAAGAACUGGAUCCAAAUUCAACAUAUAUAGUCAGUGUGAGAAGCUUCAUAAAGCUGAGUGGCAGGUUCAGUGACAGUAGCACAGAGUGGGAAUUCAAAACCCCUUUUGCCACAGCUUCCUCCCGUAACUUCCAGCUCUUGGUUAUCGUCAUCAGCCUCAGUAUUGUUGCAGUUAUCUUCAGCGUUGCUAUAUAUGGCUUACAUGUAAAGUUAAAAACAAUGUUGUGGGAUGAAGUUCCCAAACCUCCAAAUAAAAUCUUGAAUACUGAUCCAAGUGAGCAACGGGUCUUGAAACUUGAGCCACCCAUCACCUACUCUGUCUGCAUUGAGCCCCUUAUUCCAGAUGACAGCAAACUGGGGUCAAAGACGUCACUGACAGACACCAGCAGUGGGACUCUUCAGCAAAGCAGUGGGGUCAGCACAGGCUCCUCCGCUCUCAGUUAUACAAAUACUGGAUGUCCUGCUGCUGUGAAUGGAGACCCUCCUAUUGCUAAAGCUGCUCACGAUGCGCUUUCGAAAAUCUUCCCGAAUAUUUGCCCAAUAUCACCACCCACCGCCACACAAUCAAACAAUACACAAGAAAGUGGUUUAUUCUCUGCUCCUUGCCAUCCAUGUGGUAUCCAAACAAAGGACCCGAAUUUUGGAUCAUCCGUGUUUGAAAAUAAAACCUAUUCCUUCCUCAUUCCUGGCUUUCCACAUCAGACUCUGACAAACAACUUGGAGGUCCAGGUGAAGGCUGAAAUGCCUUGUGACUCUGAAUACCAACCCACUAAGAGCAACAUGGUGAACUGUCCUUUUCAACAGGAACCAGCUUGUCAAGUUCCUGCACAACAGGGUGCUAUUUUACCACAAGUGGUUUCACCUAUGGUGUCAACAGACAUAUCCUAUCAAGAGGUCCCUAUAAGUGUACCUAAAGGGUCACACAGCUUCCUUGCAGUGGAUGAUGACUACCAGGCAUUCCCAAGUCAGGUGAGGCAGCCUGAUGUUUUCCUUUUAGAGCAGAGGAAUAGAGAGCACAAGGAACAUUUGGACAAGUGGGAGGAGAAGUCAUUCACAAAGAGCCCUCAAAGUACCUUAAGCCCAGUCGUUCCAGUCCAGGAUGGGCAGCAUGUCUCUGAACUCCAAAUACCCUUUUUCUCUCUGGUAUCAUCUAAUCCAAUAAUCACAGACGAUGGCUAUCAAAGUGUGUAGUACUGUGAUUACAACUUGGGUUGUAAUCACCCAAUGGAAGCAGGAAAAUGAUUUCAUGUUUGUAACUUCCUGAUGUUCACGUGAUCCUUAUAGAAUAAGGUCCUGCUGUCACAUAUAAAUGUAUAAAUUACUGUAUACAGAUAGUCACAUGUACAUUGUCAAAUGUUAGUGUUAACAUUUAAAAUUGUAUAAACUGAACACAUUCUUUAAGCAUCAUUACAUAUUAUUUGUAAUCUGAAUCCUCAUGAUCCCGUUUAGAGGGCUGAACUUCAAAUCAAAUUCAUGAAUAAAUCAGAACACAAUACCAGUGGCAAAAGAAGAAUACUGACCCAUUAAUGACGUUUGUGGAAACAGUUUAAUCCAAAUGUUUGAUGCUGGUUUUGGACUGGAGCUUGGACUAUUACCAAUGAGCUUUUGUCUCCAUCUUGUGGUCUUACCAUGAACAGACACUGCCUUGCUUCAGCACUGUGAAUUUAAAUGAAAUCACAUGACUAAAAUAUUCUGGCAAUGACUUGCCUGCAGUGUGUAAGCAUACCAGAUGACAAACAACAUGCAUUAUAUAGUUAAGUCUGCAAGUCUGGGGUUGCAGGCACAGAAUGUAAAUUCUCAGUGUGCUACUGUAUGCCUAUUUGCACAGUGUACAUAUGUAAAACCGCUGAGCGGCUGCCAACGCUUGACUGCUUUGAGGUCGUAACAGAGAUGGAGGGGUGGGUCAAAGUGCUGUUAUAAUAAAGUCAGUGAAGAAAUGUGUGAAGUUUGAUGGGCCUAGCUUCAACAGUAAGCAUCUGUGGUGUGAACUUGAACAUCGUAGAUCCCAUUUUUUUCUCAAAUUAUGGCCAAUGUUAAAGUUUGUGUGGAACAGACGCCAAUGCCAAAGCUAUGACAAUAUCAAUUUUUUCUUCAAAACAUCUGAGUUUUAUGGUGGUUAAUCAGGCCAACUCAUAAAUCACAUGUAAGAACAAGCCAGAACAGCCUUUUAUGUUGCCAUGCUGUGAAAGUAUGUCAGUAGCUACACAGCUGGUUAGUCUUUUUUAGCUCUUUAGUUCAUCAUGUUUUUAAGUACUACAUUUUUCAAUGUUACAAUUUUCAGUGUUUCACACAAGGCUGAAUUAUUAAAAGAAAAUGUAAUGCUGUUACUAUUACUACUAAUAAUACAACUGAAAUUAAUCAUUUUAAAGGAUGAAUGAGA